AUGGAAGGGGAAAGGGUUCAACCUCUGGAUGAGAAUCUGGAAAAUGGAUCAAGGCCAAGGUUCAAGUGGAAGAAGCUAUCAAUGGUGGUCUCUGGGAUUCAGGGAGUGGGGCUACUCCUGUGCCUGGUCUACAUCUGCCUGCACCUCUAUCCUUCUCCGGUGAAGUAUCCUCCAAUCCAAAGUCUCAGAGCACAAGUUACCAGAUGUGAGAAUGGGAGACUAUUCAUCAACCUACCCAAGAAUGAGUAUCAAACCAUGGAAGUGAAGAACAACUCAAUUGCCAUCACCUGUGAUGGGCUUUAUCUCAUCUACAUGAAGGGCUCCUUUUUCCAGGAGGUCAAGAUCAACCUUCAUUUCCGUAAGGGUCGAAGUCCCAUCUCUAUGCCCAUGAUGAACAAUGGUCAAAGGGUUGACUUCACUGUGGUAGCUUCUUUGGCCUUCAAAGAUAUAGUUUACUUGACUGUAAAUGCUCCUGACACUUCCUGUGAAGACCUCCAGAUAAAUGACGGGGAAUUGAUUGUUGUCCACCUAACUCCUGGUCGAUUCUGUGCCCACUGA